GCCAGGAUCGCCCCCUUCCCGGCUCCUCCUCCUCCUCCUCUCCUCCAGCCGUCGAACUCGGCUUCCUUCUCUUGAACCGGGCGGAGGAGCGCGCGAUCCGGUCCUUGGAGGGGGGGGAGAGAUGCCGUCCCGCCACCGGACCGGCGGCAACAUGCGAGCAAGGGUGUUUUUCCUCCUGGCUGCUUUGUGCCUGUUGCCGGAUCGUGUGGACGCGGGUGGGAAGAAAUUUUAUCAAGGUCCUUGUGGGGGUCGAGACUGCAGUUCGGGAUGCAGAUGUUUUCCAGAGAAAGGUGCUCGGGGUCGUCCAGGACCAAUUGGGAACCAAGGACAGAUGGGUGCUCCAGGAUUCACUGGGCCCGAAGGCUUGAGGGGGCCAAAGGGGGAGAAAGGGACGCCGGGCACUCCAGGUCCAUCCGGACCCAAGGGAGAUAAGGGCCCGAUGGGGGUUCCUGGAUUUCAGGGGAUAUAUGGUGUUCCUGGUCACCCUGGUCAACCAGGGCCCCGAGGACUGCCCGGUCUGGACGGUUGCAACGGUACCAUUGGAGGUCCUGGUCUCCCUGGUGUGGCUGGAAUUCCUGGCGCUCAAGGGCCUCCGGGUCGUCCUGGCUCAAAAGGUCUCAAGGGUGAGCCUGUUUUUGCCCAAGGAGCUCUAAAAGGAAUGAAGGGAGACAGUGGCCUUCCUGGAUUGGACGGGGCUGUGGGUCCUAAAGGUUUCCCAGGCCUCCCAGGCCCUGUUGGUCCAGUUGGGCUUCCCGGCUUCCCGGGGCUACCCGGUUUCCCCGGCCCCCAAGGUCCGAAGGGGAACAGUGGCCUUGGUUUUCAGGGAGAAAAGGGAGAAAAAGGAGAUGUUGGGCUUCCAGGACCUCCCGGCCCUCCACCUUCCACAGGGAUCUUGGAAUUCAUCGGAUUUCGGAAAGGAGAGGAAGGAGUCAAGGGUGUUCUGGGCCCUAAAGGUUUUCCUGGACCCUCGGGUUUUCCUGGUCCUUCGGGCUUUGAUGGUUUUGGCGAAAAAGGAGAAAAAGGUGUACCUGGAUUACCAGGGCCAAGAGGAGACAUGGGCUUGAAGGGAUUUGAUGGAACCCCGGGCGGACAGGGCCAACUGGGCAAGCCAGGACUUCCUGGACGGGAUGGAUCUCCAGGAGGAAGGGGCGAGUUUGGGGAUGUGGGCCCCCCAGGUCCCACGGUGAUUGUCGACACGGAAGGGGCCGUGAUCUCAGGUCCUUCUGGAGAACCUGGGACACCAGGAAGACCUGGCCCUAGAGGUGAUGAAGGGCCUGUUGGGUCACUGGGCUUUCCCGGUCCACCAGGAUUUCCUGCACCUUUCCCAGCAUCACCUGGUCCGAUGGGAGUCCCAGGUGUUCCAGGAUUGAGAGGUGAUCGAGGAGAACCAGGCAGAUCAACAGUUGGGCUACCUGGUCCAUCUGGCAAGGAUGGAGCCCCUGGUCCCCCAGGCGUUCAGGGGUUACCUGGCCCAUCAGGUCCCAUUGAGACGGCAGAAGGCAUCUUUGCUGGACAACCUGGCGAGCCGGGCGCACCUGGGCCGAGAGGACCCCCGGGAACCUUUGGUCUGAAAGGCUACAAAGGUGAUGGUGGGGACUGCGCUUGCGAUGGAGGAGUUACAAGAGCCGGAGCGAAAGGGGAGCCUGGCCUGCCCGGCCCCCCUGGAGUCCCAGGGGUCGUGGGGCCAAAGGGGCCUUUGGGAGAACCAGGACUCGGUGCCCCAGGACUGCCUGGCCCACCGGGUUUCGUUGGCCCAGCUGGUCUUCCAGGCCUGAAGGGAGUAAAAGGAGAACCAUUUUUAGCCGCCGGCAGAGCCCUCCGAGGAGAUCCGGGUGACGUUGGCCUUCGAGGUUCUUCUGGCUUUCCCGGAAUUCCAGGUCGGGACGGCGUCCCAGGUUUUCCGGGUCGACCUGGGCUUCCCGGUGAUGGUGGCCUCGGCUUCCCAGGCGACAAAGGUUUGCCAGGAUUACCUGGUAUGAAGGGCCGGCGUGGCGAGGUUGGUCUUCCCGGCGUUGGUUUUCCAGGCGCAGUUGGGCUUAGCGGGCCUUCGGGUGACCCCGGAAUCGACGGGAUGCCGGGGCAACCUGGCCUCCCAGGUCCUCCAGGUGACUGCUGCUGCGGUGAGGAGGUUGUUAAUGGCAUCUUAGACCCGGAGGGAGGUAUAACUUUGCCCUGUGUGAUUCCUGGUGCAUUUGGACCACCGGGAUUUCCUGGCUCUCCAGGAUUCCCAGGCGCAAAGGGCAGAAAAGGACUUCCAGGCAUUCCAGGUCCGCCAGGAUUCAUGGGCCAAAAGGGACAGCCAGGGGAUCAAGGAUUCAUUGGGGAUCUGGGAAUGCCAGGGUUUCCUGGUAUUCGUGGAGAUCAGGGGCCGAAAGGAUUUCCAGGACCAGAUGGGAUCGACGGCUUACGUGGCCAACCAGGCCCUCCUGGUCUGCCCGGAGCCAAAGGACCACCUGGCGAAGUCUUUGGGGCUGAAAGUGGAGCUCCAGGAGAACCCGGACGACCUGGACUGCCGGGCAAUAAGGGGCUACCGGGAGACCCCGGCCUCCCAGGACCGAAAGGUUCGGAUGGAAGGCCGGGACUGUUUGGGAUCAAAGGAGGACGUGGGGACCCGGGGCCUCCAGGCCUUCCUGGGCUACCAGGCCCUUCAGGGCCCGUAGGCCCAGUCGGCAUCAAAGGAAGACCUGGCCCAGCGGGAAUAGCCGGCUUCCCAGGACCUCCAGGCUGUCAAGGGGUUCCUGGAGAAAAGGGCAUAAGAGGAGAUGCCGGUCCAAUGGGCCCAGCUGGCAUGAAAGGUUUCCCUGGACUUGAUGGUCCUCCAGGACGGCUUGGAGAAGGAGGUUUGCCCGGACAACCUGGUCUUCUGGGCCCAGAUGGAAUUCCAGGGUUCCCUGGAGCCAAAGGGGAGAAGGGCUCCGUAGGUGUGGUUGGCUUCCCCGGAAUGCCAGGCCAACCUGGAAGCCCUGGGGUCAGUGGAUCAAAAGGAAUUCCUGGAACGCAAGGAAAAGAAGGAAGUAUGGGCUUUCCUGGACUCCUUGGAUUGAAAGGAGAUAGAGGCAACCCUGGCCCUCCAGGACCUCCUGCUCUUAGGCUAGAAAGCGCCCUCACCUUUAAAGGAGAAAAAGGAGAGCCCGGCACCUCUGGACUUGGAGGGUUUCCGGGGCCAAGAGGGGACAAGGGGCUCCCUGGGCCCCGCGGGCAGCCUGGCUUCCCAGGAAUAGCCGGUUUGCCGAGCAGAGAGAAAGGGGCCCCCGGAGGCCAAGGUCUCCCGGGAAGCUUUGGUCCUCCUGGAUCACCAGGACCGAAGGGUGCGGCCGGCAUUGUCGGGUUUCCAGGGAUGCCCGGAGAAACGGGCGCCGAAGGACUGCCGGGGUCCCCAGGCUUCCCAGGGACGAUAGGACUGCGAGGCCCGAAGGGGGAUCGAGGGGAAUCGCUGGGAAUCCCAGGUGGCGUUGGAGCUAAAGGACAACGAGGAGAACCUGGACUUCCAGGUUCAAGAGGUCUUGAUGGGCCAAAAGGUGACCCGGGAUUCCCUGGAAUGCCUGGAUUUUCAGGACAAAAAGGUCUUCUUGGAGAUCGCGGCCCGCAAGGACCACCAGGCUUCCCUGCAGUUGGCAUUUCCAGAGGGAAUGCGGGUUUUCCAGGCAGACCUGGUCAGCGUGGACCGCCAGGUCUCCCCGGGCUUCCUGGCAUUGCAGGAAUCAAAGGAAUCCAAGGUGCUUCUGGACUGACCGGCCUCUAUGGCUUACCGGGCACGGUUGGCUCACCUGGGACACCAGGCCUGAGUGAAAUCGGACUUCCGGGCCCAGCAGGACUGCCUGGUGCCAAAGGAGAACCGGGCGUGCCAGGUUUCCUGGCUGGAGCACCAGGAUUUCCUGGGCAGAAAGGACUUGUCGGGGACAUGGGUUAUCCCGGAACCUUGGGUCUGCCCGGUUUACCGGGCCCUCCGGGCAUUUCCAUUCCUUCCAAUAUUCCUGGGAGACCGGGUGACCAUGGACGUCCCGGAGAGGAUGGUAGGCCAGGCCUCCAGGGCCCGCGUGGACCUCCGGGCCCCCCAGGGCCGGCUUCCAAUCAAGGUGAUACUGGCGUCCCGGGGAUUCCCGGGCCUGCUGGCAUCCCGGGCUUUAAAGGAGACGUGGGCAUCACUGGACAGAGUGGCAUUCCAGGAGCCUCCGGAUUCAAAGGCGUCCGGGGUGAGCCAGGCUUCAUGGGAAUGCCUGGAAAAGACGGUCCUUCGGGCGACCCGGGUUUCCCUGGCCCCAAAGGUGAAAUGGGCCGUCGAGGUUUCCCUGGAGUACAGGGGCCUCCCGGCGUGACACAAAAGCCCGAAGAAAUCAAGGUCCCACCAGGCGUAAUGGGACUCCCCGGGAUCGAUGCCAUCCCUGGUGAAAACGGUGACCCCGGGUUCCAGGGACUAACUGGUCGGCAAGGUCCCAAAGGGGUAGCAGGUAGACCUGGUCAGAUGGGGACGGAUGGCCUACCAGGGCCCCCGGGGAUGGUGGGCGACCCGGGGUCUCCGGGGAACCCAGGACCGCCGGGAUUUGAAGGAGCACCUGGGAAGCCAGGAUCUGCUGGUUUGCCCGGGAUGCCAGGACGCAGCGUCAGUGUCGGGUACACCUUGGUGAAGCACAGCCAGUCGGAGCAGAUCCCCCUGUGCCCCGUGGGCAUGAACAAGCUCUGGGAGGGCUACAGUCUGUUGUACGUCGAGGGCCAAGAGAAGGCGCACAACCAAGACCUGGGCUUUGCAGGAUCCUGCUUGCCCCGCUUCAGCACCAUGCCUUUUAUUUACUGCAACAUCAACGAGGUGUGCUACUACGCCAGCCGCAACGACAAAUCCUACUGGCUCUCCACCACGGCGCCCAUCCCGAUGAUGCCGGUCGGCAGCUACCAGAUCUCGCAGUACAUCAGCCGCUGCUCGGUGUGCGAGGCGCCUUCCCAGGCGGUGGCCGUUCACAGCCAGGACAUCACCAUCCCCCAGUGCCCGGAAGGCUGGCGCAGCCUGUGGAUCGGAUACUCUUUCCUCAUGCACACCGCUGCGGGAGCGGAAGGCGGCGGGCAAUCCCUCGUCUCCCCAGGGUCUUGCCUGGAAGAUUUCCGGGCCACCCCUUUCAUCGAGUGCAACGGAGCCCGGGGAACCUGCCAUUACUUUGCAAACAAGUACAGCUUCUGGCUGACCACAGUGGAACGGACCCAGCAGUUUGCUGACUUCCCCAUCUCGGAGACCCUUAAAGCAGGGCAACUCCGAACACGGGUCGGCCGAUGCCAAGUCUGCAUGAAGAACUUAUAGCGGAGGGCUCAGACCCAUCGGAGCCAACGACAAGGGGGCUGGAAGUCUCAUUCGAUUGAAAAUUAAGGAUUGUGUCAACUUCCCCGGUGUGUUGAGAGGAUCGCAGUGCUCCUUGGAUCCUGCCCGCUCGUCUGUAUUCCAGGACAUGGUGCUACAUUUCCCUGUAUUUUGGAUUCACGGCUACCUCAGAAAGUCUUCAUUUUACUUCCCAGGUGCCACUGUUUGUCCCGUGAUGUACUGUACAGAUUUUUAAAAAAUCAAAUUACAUGGACUCUUGAGAGAUGAUGUUUCUCUCAGGUCCUUGGCCAUGAUGCACUGCUUCUCAUCAUAUGGAUUCAGAGCUCACAAAAAAUCCGAAACAUCCCCGAGACCACUCUUCAACAACGAUGGCAAGGCUGACGGCCUCUACUGCCCCUGUUUAACUUUUUUUGUUUGGCUAUGGCAUGCCUGGAAGAUUUCACAAAGAGUCCACAGUUUCAAGUGUCCACAAUGGGUCACCUAGAGGCAAUUCCACUCACCUUAGGCGACUGGCUGUUAGCAGACCCGACGGAUACGGCAUUUUGGAAGCUACCACUUGCACCGUUGCAUUAGAAGCAGCUGCACCCCUACAUUCUGUCCAGGUCCAUGGAGGAGAGGAUCUCAUUUUUGUCAGAUUUGUUCUCAAACCAACGAAUGGAGAAGUGAGCGCCUUUUGAACACGAAAGGGAAAUUGUUCGCGCAACUGUCUGUGGCUUUCAGAGGAAUUAAGCCUGGCACAUGACUGCUGUUAUCCAUCUUUCACUGUUGCUGAACCUCUUCAUGUCCGCUUUUUGCCGGGAUGUCAACUAAGCUGGGAGGUUCUCGGAUUGUCUUCAUGAGACCAAAACCUCUCCUUGUUCCCUAACUCUGGAUGCAAACGGCACACGGAGGUACCAAUAGGGCCUCCGCUCAAGCCGUCUACUGACAAAAUUGCAGCAAUUUUGAUGUCCUUUUAACAGUUGCGGCUUUAUUCUACAAAAGUAGAAUGAAGACUAGCCAUGUGUGAGCUGUCGUUUUUCUUUCACAAAGGCCUCUGCGCACGUAACUCUUUUAACGAUAUGCAGAAGCGUGUGCUUUACUAGAAUUCUUGGUUUCAGCUUGCAACACAGGCAGAAUCCAGACUGUGUUCAAGGUUGUGUUGCCAUAGCCUAAUAUUACAGGGGUGGUGUCACUAGUAUCGUUCAGCUCUUGGAAAAAUUGCUUCUACGGACUCCCAACUCCCAAUGGGAGUGGUAGUAAAAAAAAGAAAUUUUUCUAAGUGCUGAUCUUGCUUUGGAGCAGGAGACUGCAAUAGCUUUCUACUCAACAUGGAAACACAUGUUGGGUCAUAUAUAUAAAGGUUAAGAGCCUAAAAUGAAAACGAUGAUUACAUCUCCGAUUUCAUCGUUAAUUUGUAACAGGAAUAGAAAAGCUUGAGAAUAAUUCGUUUGACGGCUCCUUAACUCAGCAAUGGGGAAAUCUCAGCCCCAGGAACGGACUCAGACCUUCUGGUCUUCCCCCAGACAGAUCUUUCUCUCGUGAUGCUAUGCCAGUUGAUCCACAUUUUCCUGUUCUAAAAGGCUGAAAUACCAAAUGUGUUCAGACAGGUGUUUUUGGAUUAAAACUUCCCAGGAUGCCCGAGACCGUGGCCUGAGGCGUUCUAGGUGGUUCUCCAAAAAACCACCAAUCUGCACAACUCUACAAAAUACACAUCCUAAAGCUUAAGUUAUUGAUAGUAAGAGCUUUAAGCUAAAAUACUGUGGCAUUUGGGCCGGACUCGCUGCUGAAGGAUCAUCCUUCAGAACCGAAUCUGAAAAUUGAAUUCAGCCCUUAAGGUGGAAAAUAUUUCCAGCCCUUAUUCUAACGAUUUCUGCUCUGUGAGCUUAAAAGUAGUUGCAGGCAUAAUGUUUUAUAGCUGGGACUUGUACUCGUAUAUAUCUGGAGGGUGGCUGUGGUAUUAUACUGGGAAUAAGCAAUUUUUACACAUUGGUUUUCCAGUUGCACUCAACAAUUUACAUUAAAAAUUUUGCUCUUUUCUCACAGAGGUAGCCCUGGAUCUCUUGGUGCCCAAGUUGUUAAUAUACUACUGUACUAAUUUAGUUUGAUGCUAAUGUUACACGGUGUUGCUUUUGGAUAAAUCUUUCCUGCUGUUUCAGACCCUGUCCAUUUCAUUCUAUUUCCUCUAAGGAAGAAAGAGUGUCUUCCUAAUGCACUGUUAGAAACCCUUUUUGGAACACUGAUUGUAUGGUUAUUUCCCCCAAGACUUCAUAAAAAACAAAC